GAACUUUGUGCUCAAACACCACGUGUUUCUGGUACGAAACUGGGAAAAGAUUCGACAAAAGCAAGAGGAAGUGAAGCACGUCAGCGACAAUAUCCACACCUCGUCGCUGUACACCCGCUGGAACGGGAUCUGUCGGGAUGACGGCAACAUCAAAUCUGCCGUGCAGGAUUUGGUCCGCGAGAAGCUGGCAAUGAGGGUUUGGGCUGAGGAGAAUCUUGAAGUGGCUCGCGCUGCCCGUCUAGCACAAAUCUUCAAGGAAAUAUGUGACAGCAUCAUAUCCUAUAAAGAUUCCUCCAGGCAGGCUCUUGCAACUCCCCUCCUGAACCUCCCCCCGAAGAAAAAAAACGCAGACUAUUACGAGAAGAUCUCUGACCCGCUGGACCUCACCACGAUCGAGAAGCAGAUCCUGACCGGCUAUUAUAAAACGGUGGAAGCUUUUGAUGGGGACAUGCUGAAGGUUUUCCGGAAUGCAGAGAAAUACUAUGGCAGAAAAUCUCCGACUGGGCGCGACGUGUGCCGGCUCCGCAAAGCGUAUUACAACGCUCGCCACGAGGCGUCCGCCCAGAUCGACGAGAUCGUGGGAGAGACGGCGAGCGAAGCCGACAGCAGCGAGACCUCGGUCUGCGAGAAGGAAAACGGGCACGAGAAGGACGAGGACGUGAUCCGCUGCAUCUGUGGCCUUUACAAAGACGAAGGGCUCAUGAUCCAGUGCGAGAAGUGCAUGGUCUGGCAGCACUGUGACUGCAUGGGUGUGAAUUCCGAUGUCGAGCACUACUUGUGCGAGCAGUGUGAACCUCGAGCUGUGAAUAGGGAGGUUCCCAUGAUUCCUCGUCCCCAUUACGCCCAGCCUGGCUGCGUUUAUUAUAUUUGCUUGUUACGGGACGAUCUGCUGCUGCGCCAAGGUGAUUGCGUUUACCUGAUGCGAGACAGCCGCCGGACUCCUGAUGGCCACCCCGUCCGCCAGUCCUAUCGACUCCUGUCCCACAUCAACAGGGAGAAACUCGACAUUUUCCGCAUUGAAAAACUCUGGAAAAACGAGAAAGAGGAGCGGUUCGCCUUCGGCCACCAUUAUUUCCGUCCACACGAAACACAUCAUUCCCCUUCUCGAAAGUUUUACCACAACGAGCUCUUCCGGGUGCCGCUCUACGAAAUCAUCCCCUUGGAGGCCGUGGUGGGCACGUGCUGCGUUCUUGACCUCUACACCUACUGCAAAGGGAGGCCAAAAGGCGUGAAGGAGCAGGAUGUAUAUAUUUGCGAUUACCGCCUCGAUAAAUCGGCUCAUCUCUUCUACAAGAUCCACCGGAAUCGUUACCCUGUGUGCACCAAGCCCUACGCCUUCGACCACUUCCCCAAGAAACUCACGCCCAAGAGAGACUUUUCACCUCAUUACGUACCAGACAACUACAAGAGAAACGGAGGCAGAUCGUCCUGGAAAACGGAUCGCUCGAAACAGCAGAUUAAAGACUUAAACCAAGAAGAAGAUUCUCUUCCGCUCAUUGAGGACGUGUUAGGAAACCAAGAUCCAACUCCGAGCGAGAUGCCCGGCCUGGAGGAGCCCGAAAAGGAAGCAGCUUCUGGUGAGACGUGUGAAACGGAGAAAAAGGUGGAGGAAGGCGGUUCCGAGGCGCGGCAGCUGUGCACUCCCGAGGAGAGACGGCACCUGCAGAGGGAGAGACUGAAUCAAAUCCUGCUAAACCUCCUAGAGAAAAUCCCAGGGAAAAACGGUGAGAUUUUAGGCUGCGAUGACCCAGUCGGGAUUCUUCUGCAGGGCACGGUGGUCGCGCUGGCCGAGUACGUCCCUGGUUUGAAUUUAAAGCCUAAG